AUCAAACCUCGACUACUUCAAUGGCAAAUUCGUAAUUCCAUCCAGAUCCAAGCCCAAAUCCCAUAAAUCCCUCCCCAUUUCACCAUCAUCAUUACCACCACACAAACUCUCGAACACUCCCACAACUCCACUUCCAGACCUCAAAAUGUCCCUCCUCCCUCUCUUCCUCGCCGUCUCCGCCGCGACCCUCGUCAGCGCCACCGACCACAUCGUCGGCGGCCACCUUGGCUGGAACCCCAACAUUAACUACACCCUCUGGUCCAACAACCAGACCUUCUUCCUCAACGAUCUCAUCUCAUUCAGGUACAUGAAGAACAUGUACAACGUCUUCGAGGUGAACCAGACCGGCUACGACAACUGCACGCUCUCCGGCGUCGCCGGGAACUGGAGCUCCGGCAAGGAUUUCAUCCUUCUCAAUCGAACAGGUACGUACUACUUUAUUUGUGGCAAUGGUUUCUGCCUCAAUGGGAUGAAGGUUUCCGUCCGUGUCCGUUCGUUGCCGGUGAACUCGACCUCGCCGGAGACGACGGGGAAGACCGGAAAGCAUGCAUCGGAGGCGGCGAUGGUGAUUCCGUCGAUGAUGAUGGCGGUGCUUUUAGCGAUUUGGAUGGGUUUUGGUGAGAUUUGAGAGGGAUUUGGCGAGUUAGGGUUCUUGAUUUUUUUGUGAAUUUUCUACUUGAUUUAGUGAAUGGACGGUUGAGAUUGCGUUGA